UGGCCAGGCAAUAGCUGCCUCGGCGCCAUGGUUGUCCUGCAACAUGGCACAAAGUGACCAAUCCCGAGCACGCUGUGCGUUCCGACCCUAAAACAAGGCAGUGACCAAUCAGUUGCGGCGUUUCGGGCCGGACCGAAACGUUGAUCAGCCUCUAAGAAGAUUAACAUUUAUAAUUGGCUUGUGGAAAGUCAGAUCCCUCACAUAAUUGACAUUGGUGUUGAGCAUGGACAGGAGCAAACAGGCAGUGCUGUGAGAGCCACAGGAGGAAGAGGAUCAUUCCUGUAGCAUCAUCCUUCUGACCACAGACACAUAUGGGAAACAACAGCAGCUCCACGGUGGAUGAUCUACAGGCUGUCGAGAUCCACCACUGGUACAAGAAAUUCAUGACGGAGUGUCCUUCUGGACAGCUGACAGAGCAUGAAUUUAAGCAAUUCUUUGGGCUUCGAGGGCUGGAUCCAGAGGCCAAUAAAUACAUUGAGCAGAUGUUCCGCACGUUUGAUAUGAACAAGGAUGGAUAUAUUGAUUUCAUGGAAUACGUGGCUGCCCUCAGCCUCGUUCUCCGAGGGAAGAUGGAGCAGAAAUUGCGGUGGUAUUUCAAGCUCUAUGAUGUAGAUGGCAAUGGCUGCAUUGAUCGACAUGAACUGCUCAACAUCAUCAAGGCUAUUCGAGCUAUUAAUGGUGGUGACCAUGAAACUAGUGCAGAAGAGUUCACCAACCGAGUCUUUGACAGGAUUGAUGUGAAUGGCGAUGGUGAACUUUCUCUGGAUGAAUUUGUGGAGGGAGCAAGGAAAGAUGAGGAGUUCAUGGAGGUUAUGAUGAAAAGUUUGGACCUGUCACACAUUGUGGCCAUGAUAAACAACCGUCGGCAUAGUGUAUAAAUCGAGCUGGGAGAAAAUGCCGUGCCAAUAGACAGAAGGGUGUCACAAGGAAGGAGAGACAGCAUUUUUCCAAACAAAAUUUCCACAAACAUGAAUAUGGAAGUAGGAACAGAAACACUCUACUAUAUUUGUGUAUCUGAGUGCAUGUUCCUGUACAAAUACUGAAGCUUAGCCACCUAAAUGCAAGGCAGGUUCAGAAAAACUGAAUCUGGGUGGCAGUAUUUGACUUGUCUUUGUAAAAAUUAAAGGCCAAAUUUCAGGACACAAAUUUCCUUUUUAUUCUGUGUCCCAGAUUAUCCAUUUGAAAUGGACUAAAACUAAAAGUAGCGCCAAGUUUGUGAAGAGCACUAGCAGAACUGGGUGGUGGAGUGUGGAAGAAAUAUUCUGACAUAGAAGAGUUUCAAGCCAUUAUUAGUGUAGGAACUAGCAAAAGAAUGUAACUUGCACUGGUCUUGUCAUGGUAUUGGUUCAUAAACAGCAGCAUGGUUGUCCAUACCACAUGUGCUUGGAUUUGGUAGUCUCUACAGAUGCAGCUUUAGUCAUAAGAUCACAAGAACUGAAAGAAAAACCAGUCUGGCAGUGACAGAUCUGUCCUCAGAUGCAGCUGUUUGGGCUUUCUGUGAUCAAAGAACCCUAGCAAACAAGUCAACACUUUGGAGCAGCUUCUGUAACCAGAGAAAAUAUGCUACUCAGUUUUCCAAAGCAGAAGAAUUACUUGAGAGAUCAAAUCUUUUAUAUACUCAUGGUCCUACUUAUUCUCCUCUCAUACAACUGAGUCACUGGGAAUGUUCAAGGCCACACUGAACAAGGCUUGGAGUAACCCGAUCUAGCCCCAUGGCAUGGGGCUAAAGCAAGAUAAUCUUUGAAGUCCCUUCCUACCCAAAGCAUUCUGUGACUCUAUAAAUGAAGUAUUUGAAGAUGAUCCUAAUGUAAUUGCCUCACACAUCCUUUAUUGGUCUUUCUUCUUGUCCUUGAGGAGCCAAUCUAAUCAAAAGAAACAACUCACCAAAGUGACUUGUGAAUCUUGCUGUUCAUGUGAAUGCUGGAGUGAAGCUGAUACUCUAGAUCAGUGAUGCCAUAAAUGACUCUGAUUUUAUACAUGAUGGGAAGAGUGAUGCCGCAUGGAUAGAAGCUCAGCAAACUGUGUCUUGUUCACUGUUCAUUAGAUAAGGUCAUGAUCAGAAGUUCCUUUGAAUCUGGGAAGAGAACCAGAAGGAAAGAAGAAUGCAGGAAAUGUUCAACAGAGUGCCUAUGCCAUAGCUGGCAUGUUUUUCCUGUGCAGGAGGAAGUAUGUGCAGACCUGUAAUAAAACUUUAGACUGGAAUUAUUCUUGCUUAUAUUUAGGCUUCUGUGAUGUACAUAUGUGUAUUGGUUUGCAUGGCAAGGUUUUGGUAGCAGGGAGGCUACAGGAAUGUCUUUGAGAAGCUGCUGGAAGCUUCCCCCAUGUCUGGCAGAGACAAUGCCAGCCAGCCCCACGAUGCCACUGGCCAAGCCUGAGACCUUCAGCCAUGGUAGUAACAUGUCUGGGAUAACAUAUUUAAGUAGGAAAAGUUAUUUGGCGGAAGCAAUUGCAGCCAGAGAAGUGAAGACUGAGAAUAUGUGAGAGAAACAGCUCUGCAGACACAGAAGUCAGCGAAGAAGGAGAGGGAGGAGGUGUUCCAGGUACUGGAGCUGAUAUUUCCCUGCAGCCCAUGAUGCAGGCCAUAGUGAAGCAGAUUGUCCUCCUGGAGUACAUGGUGGUCUGCAGGAGGGAAGCACAAAUCUACUUUCAGCCUGUGGAAGAGCCCCAUGUUGGAGCAAGUCCUGGAAGGACCUGUGGGCCUGUGGAGAGAAGAGCAGGUUUCCUGGUAGAACUUGUGACCUCACAGGGGACCCUCUGCAGAGCAGUUCCCAAAGGACUGACCCCAGGGAAGGUACCUCACGCUGGAGCAGGUCUUGAAGAACCACAGCCCAUGAGAAAGACCCAUAUUGGAGAAAUUAACAGGGAACUGUCUCCUGUAGAAGGGAUCUCAUGCUGCAGCAGCACAAGGGCUCCUCUUCCUGAGGGGGAAGCAGUGGCAUGAACUGACUGAAACUUCCAUUCUCAUCUUCUUGCAGUACUGAUGGGGAGGAGGGAGAGAAUGGGGAAUAAAGUUAAUCCUGGGAAAGAGAAAGGGAAGGGGGAAAGGUGUUUAAAAGACUUGUUUUACUUCUCAUUACCCUACUCUGUUUUGAUUUGUAAUAAAUUCAGUUUAUUUCUCCCUCUUUUUCCUCUGA